GUCCGCGGGUCUCGUCUACAUAAAGUUUGCCGUCCCAUAGGAUCGCACUUCUCUAUUGACCAGACCCAUAUAGGAGUUAUCUGGAGCAAAUCACCUCAAACAGAUCCGAGAAGAAACAUUACGAAUAUCGUAGAGGAGUUACCAUCACAAUCCAAAGCGUUACAAUGUCUUGUACAUCAGACGAGGACAUCCAGACCGGCCGCCUUCCACUUCUUCAAACAGGAAGCUCGCCCGUAGAGACAAUGAGCGACAGCAACCAACCACUUCUGAAAAACGUCUCGGUCGAUCCCGAUAGCCCACCAGACCUGACUCCGGUAACAGGUUCCGACACUGGCGCAGAUGAACCCCCAGCAAACCUUCUCGCCAGCCAACAGAAGAACGGGCUCGACGGUCUGCGCGCCAGGCGGGACCGCAAACUCCAACGCAUCCAGCGCACCUUCGACCACCAGCGAACCCGGACCAAGCAAUACUUCGCGCGGAGACGGGCCGAAGCGGCGGACGAGUACGAAAGCGGCCUGUGCGACUGUCGGCUCAACUUCCUCUCCUUCCGCCGGUCCCUGCAGCUCGAGCUCGAGGACAUCCGCGAGCAGGAGCAGAACGGCAUCAUCGUCCUCCUCGAAGGGGAGCGCAUCGAGCGCGGGGCGGCCGAGCGCUGGCACGACGACCGGGAGAAGAAGUACAUACAGGAGUGCCGCGAGGAAUGGGCCCAAAAGUAUCCCGCGACGCCGUUCUGGCAUGAGGACUCUGGAGCUGUAUCACAAUCAGUAUCCUCCUCCGGAGUGUGAUUAAGAAGGCGUAGUCUGUCUUUACAUCGCCCAUUUUGGACACAGAAUUCGAUGACAGAGGCACCUAACGCAAAAGUCUUAGACCUUUGCCGGGGCUGGUUGACAUCAUAUUACUCUCCAUGUGCCUCGCCAACGAAACAACACCCGAACUCAUACAAUACCAAGAUCCCCAGCUUGCCAUUGCUUAGCAUGCAGCUGCUGAUCUUGACUUGAGCCUUCAGCCAGGGAGUGGGAAAUUUCAAGCGACCGAGUUUGUAAAGUUGAGGGGUACUGAGACACCUUUCCAGGAUAACGGGGUUGAAGAGGGCAACAUUGGCAGACGUUCUCAUGCUCAUUCUCCUUGUGAGAGAGAUAGUUAGAACUUGUGUGUAUACUCUGACGGUAUUUAGAUUUAGU